AUGCUCCAAGUCGUCGUGAUCUUCUCGCAAAGUCACGUCAAUUUUCGACUAGCCGAAUUCGAGGCGAUUUGCUCGAUUUUUGCAAUAAAAGUGGUGCAAAAAGAGCCGAUUAACACGACUGUAAGCUCUAGAAAAUGUGCAAACACUCAGAGCUCAAAAAAUUGUUUCAGGACCACAUUUUCGUGCUUUUCUUUGAAAACGAGCGCCAAGUGCGUCAAUUGUUGAGCCGCGCGAUUCUUGUCAAAUUCGCCGUCCAAUUAUCGAUUGAAGCGGUCACCUACACCGAAUUGUAUGCGAAAAUGCACAGCGAGCCGAGAAUAAUUGAAAAUUUCAAUAAAAUCGACGAAAGUUUCGCUCUCCGAUUUUUUGCAAUCGGCCGCAAGAAAAAGUUGGAUAGUCUGGAGAGAAUUCGGGUAAAAAUAUCAGUUUUAGGCCUAAAAAGUGCUAACACUUUUUUCAGACGUUUCUAGACCAUGUUCCGAUAAAAAAUGCGCCAAUUUCGUUGAGUGCGCCCAAAAAUGAGUUGUAUUUGGUGGAAGAGUACGAGAAUCCGGAUGACGAACAGCCGAAACGAGUGUUCUUCGGAAAAUUGAUCGGCGAAGGUCGGGUCGGACUCAAAACUAGGUACAAUUUGAAGGAUCGGUGCUACAUUGGCAAUACGACUAUGGAUCCCGAACUUUCUUUCAUUCAGGUAGGCCGAAUUGCAAAAAAACUGUGUCCACAAAAAAGAUACGAAAUCAGAUGGGAAAAGUAGAGAAAAAGCCAGCAUUAUCAGAGUUUAGUAUUUCAUCGAAGCUUUUUUUUGUACCGAAAUGUGUCAGUGUUGCUUCCAACACAAAAAACAGCAAAAUUGGAACAUUUGUCAAUGUUUUUCUUGGUAAAAUGGUUCUUUUAACGAAUCUUCCCAUACAUUUUCCUAAUGCAAAUUUUGACGACUUUUUUGAAAAAGUUUUUAAAAAAAUCGAUAAUUUGCAGGCGAAUCUGGCGAUGAUAACCGCCGGAAACGUGGCGCUGGACCCGUUCGUGGGCACGGGCGGCCUGAUUCUGCCGGCCGCCGAAUUCGGAGCCUUCGUGGCCGGCACGGAGAUCAACUACCAGACGGCGCGGGCGAAAGGACGAUCUUCGCGACAGGGAGUCGGCGAACGGCUCGAAUCCGAGAGCAUUCGCGCCAACUUUGAGCAGUACGGCACUCUGGUCAGUUUUUGGGGGAUUUUGUAUGAGACAAAUUGUGUUUUUAGCACCGACUAUUGUCGAUCAUGAUCGCCGACUCGAGUAAACAUCUCAUCUGGAGCGCCAACGCGAAAUUCGACGUCAUCGUCGCCGAUCGUUAGUCUUAAAAAGCUGUAUAACACUUGAAAUGUAUUGUGUUUCAGCGCCGUACGGAGUGCGAGAAAAAGCGCGGAAAACUGUGAAGAACAAGGAAAUGAAGGAGGAUUCCGAAGACGUGUAAGCCAUUUUUCAAAACUUUCAAAAAUCAAACGUUACUUUCCAAUUUUGCAGUGUCCGAUACCAAAAAAAAGAGGAAUACGACCUGGAGAAGGCGUAUUGCGACCUCCUGACACUGGCCGCCCGGAUUCUGGUCCCAAAUGGACGCGCUUCUUUCUGGUACCCAGUCAUUCUCGAAAAGUAGGCAUUUUUAUCGAUUUUCUAGACAAAGACCUCUAAAAUUGUCAUUUUGCAGAUACUGCUCGGAAAAUCUGCCACGUCAUCCAGCGAUGGAGCUCGUCUCGAACUGCGAACAGCAACUGACGCGCAAAACGAGCCGCCGACUGCUCACCUACCGAAAACUGAGAAAUCCGGAGGAGAACGAGGAGGGCGCCAUCAUCGAAUGCGGCGGAGUCAGCCACUACCGGACCGUCUUGUUCUCGCCCAAACAUUGA